AAGAAACGAGCGGCGCUCUGUGUAAAUUAAAAUGUCGUCGAAUUUCUCCGCAAACCAGUAUGAAAACGCUUUCAAGUCGAGUAGACUCCAAAACUGGACGGUACCCAAGCGUUACAAAGAGAAACCGUCACCAGUAGAGGGCCACACUGUGUUCAUAGCCACAGACAGAGGACACCUGCUUCCUGGGGUGAAGCGUGGAAGUUCCUGGACCUCAUUCCAGGGCACCUGGGACUUACCAAAGCAUAUCCCUCCAGUUCAAAUUAACCCUACAGCACGCUCACAGGGGGGUCAGGAGCGCCUCAGAGCAUGGGGGCAGACCCAGCGCCUGGUUCCAUCAGCCAAUGGCAAAGUAAAGGAAUCCAAUGAAAACAGCAGGACACCACAGUUAGAGGGCACUUGUACCCAUCAUCAGCAUGAGGAAAUUUCUGUGACUGCUGCUGCUCCUGGUGAACCUGAAUUGGAAAGGACCAUAUCACAAGCCAGUCAAGAUCAAUCUAGACCAGCAACUCAGCAAAGCCAAGUUCAGUCUAGACCAGCAACUCAGCAAAGCCCAGUUCAGUCUAGACCUGCAACUCAGCAAAGCCAAGUUCAGUCUAGACCAGCAACUCAGCAAAGCCCAGUUCAGUCUAGACCUGCAACUCAGCAAAGCCAAGUUCAGUCUAGACCUGAAACUCAGCAAAGCCAAGUUCAGUCUAGACCUGAAACUCAGCAAAGCCAAGUUCAGUCUAGACCUGAAACUCAGCAAAGCCAAGUUCAGUCUAGACCAGCAACUCAGCAAAGCCAAGUUCAGUCUAGACCAGCAACUCAGCAAAGCCAAGUUUGAUCUAGAACAACUCAGUAAAGCCAUGCUGAGUGUUAACCAGCUUCAACACAAAGCCAGACCAAGUCCUGAAUACUGGCACAGGCCAGCCAAGCUUAGUCCAAACUAGCAAUCAAGACUAGUAGAGCAGCCACUGUUACUACAAAGCAGUGUAAUGAUUGUAUGAUGACUUUAAAGAAAAUCCAGAUUUCCACUUAAAAAACUAGAAUACAUAUUAAGUCUGUAAAAUAGUGGUUGUCUUUUGAUUUAUCAUGAAGUUGAAAAAUUAAAAUUAUUGAUGCAUAUCUGAUUUUGUAUAUAUCGAGAGGCAAAAUAUGCAUAUGGUGACAUGCAGGAACAUCUCAAUAAAUUUGAAUAUAACCAAAAAGUUGAUUUAUUUCAGGAAUUCAAUUUAAAAAGUGAAACUCUCUGUCCCUGGAGAAGAUCCACUACUCAAUCCAUUAUUCAGACUUAAAAUUCCAACUGGUGUGGGGGCCCUUCCUUCGCUUUUUUCAUAUACAUUUAUAGUUUGAUUCCCUUUUUAUUUAAUCGUUUGUUUGUUUUCUUUUCCCUUUUUGUUGUUGUUGUAUGCAAAACUAAAAAACUUUCAGCUCCAGGUUCUUUUUUCGUUUCUCUCCUUUUUUUGUUAUGCCUGGCGUCUAGCCUUUCCUUAUACUUGUAA